CCCAGAUCAAGUUCAAGCUGUUGGACAAACGGCUAACAAGGCACUGAUAAAAAAGUACACAAGUACAGGUAGCUAUGUACAGAUGCUCCCAUUGGUUGAUGAUAGUAAGAGACACAUAAUGGACAUCUACACUAAGCUAUGUUUAGAUGAACUAGUUGACAAAAGUGGGAAGAUUCAACACAAGAAAAUUAAUUCAUAUGAAGAGAUUUUCCACUUUCAGACCAGGGAGGGUUAUCCAAUCAAACGUAUUGUUGUAAGCGGAUCAGCAGGAAUUGGCAAGACAACCCUAAUUGACAAAAUUGCUUAUGAUUGGGCAAUGGGCAACAGUGAGACACUCAAUAAGUUCAAACUUGUUUUUGCUUUAAAAAUGCAUUCAUUGCAACAAAGUAGCAACUUAGAAGAUGCCAUCUUUAGUGAAAAGCUUCUGACCAAAGACUGUGUAGAUCAAUCUGCCUUGAAAGAGUUUGUUGACAAGAACCAAGACAAAGUAUUGAUUCUCUUGGAUGGAUUUGAUGAAUUUAAAUUUUAUCUGCUUGACACAUCCUCAUUUGGUUCGAUUCUCAAUAUUCUGAAUCGAAAGCUGGGCCCAGAAUGUUGGGUAGUUAUUACAUCCCGUCCUCCCCUUGACAAAUUAGUCAACAAAUCAUUGGUUGAAAAGCCCUAUGCUCAUGUGAGAGUUGAGGGGUUUUCCGAUACAGAUAAAGAGGAAUAUGUGAAUAAAUUCUUCCCUGAUGAUCAUGUCAAGGCUAGCAAGCUUACAGAUCAGAUAAAACAAUCAGAAACCUUGUCUGAUUUGGCAAAGAGUCCCAUGCUACUGCUGCUCAUGUGUUUGCUGAUGGGGAGCACAGAGAACACCCUCCCAGACACAAUGACACGACUGUAUAACAAAGCACUGAAUUACAUAUUCAAAAGAAAAACAAGAGACAUCAAAGACGCUGCAAUAUCUAAGAUUUUGAUUUCUAUUGGAAAGGUUGCUCUAGGUAGUCUCCUUUCUAAAGAUCAGUCAUUUGCCUUUAGAGAAGGGGACUUUAAAAAGAGUGCGUUAGAUGCAGCAAUUAAUGCAGGUGUCCUCACUAGUGAGAUGGUCAUUGAUGGGCUUGUUACCUAUCAAAGAGUGUCUUUUAUGCACCACACAUUUCUGGAGUAUUGCGCAGCGAUGUACUGGCAAAGCUUGAUAAAUAGCUGGACAAAUAGAAGAAAGUUUAACAGAAUCCUAGAUCAGGCAGCUGUUAAGUUGGCAGAUUCUUCACGAUAUGAUUAUCUGCUCCGGUUUUGUUGUGGAGACAAUGUGGCAUGUACAAGUCGUAUUUUACAGAAGGUGCAUCAAGGCAUGAAUUCGGAACUUGUCGUUAUUUGUUAUUUCGAGAGUCAGUCACAGGAACUGCCACCAGCAAAUGUUAUCAGUUCAAUUCUGACUGUUAGUGUUAUACUUUCCAUGUGGAAUAAUGAUAGUACAAAUGCAUUCUUUCAUUUUCUGAACCAAGUGGCAGCCAUCAGCAGAGGAAAUGAUUAUUUCACAAAGGCUAAACGUUUGGAUGUGUUUUAUUUUAAUUUCCCGAGGUUUGGGGAUGAUUUGGCAAAGUCAAUAAAACUAAUGACCAAUUUACAAUCUCUGGGUCUGAGAGACAGCUCAUUAACUGCCGACAAUACCAAUCAAAUCCUAUCAUCAUUGGCAAGUCCAUCAACAUUGACUGAGCUAGACCUCUCAUGGAAUGAAGCCUUGGGUGGCUCUGUGUCAUUGUUGGCUGCUCAAUUGAUGGAAUUGAAAGCCUGAAGGAGCUGGACUUUAGUGAUUGUUCACUG